UCGACUGGAAAUCGAUCAGUGCUGUUCUGGGACGCACUCGCUCACCGAGAUUCUGAUUGUAAUUCGCCGAUUCGUCAAUUCAACAACCGGUCGGUACGUAGUUGUCGAUCUUUUAGCGAUCGAUCUGGUCCAGGUUUCGUGCGUGAUGGAAGCCGAAAUUCGCAACUGUCGAAAGUGUGCCUAAUUAGCUAUCUCGCAGAGGUUGAAGUCACGGGUGGUUCUGAGGAAUGGCCGUUUCCCGUGUGAGCGCAUUGCGCUCUAUACUACGUUUCUCGCCUGCAGCGUCUUCGGCAUCCUUCCAGGCGAGCCAAUUCGGAUCGGUGGUCGGAAAUAAUCUCCCAACUGGUGAGCGGCGGCCAUGGGAAGGCAGAGGAUAUGGGUUAUCCUUUUGGACCAGGAGGCACAUGGCAACAUUUAUCAGGACAAAACCACAUUUGAAUAUAGGUACAAUUGGGCAUGUCGAUCACGGAAAAACUACCCUCACCGCGGCUAUUACGAAGGUACUUUCAGAGUCCGGAGGUGCGAAGGCAGUUGCUUUCGAUGAAAUUGAUAAAGCACCUGAAGAAAAGGCGCGUGGUAUUACCAUUGCGACGGCACACGUUGAGUAUGAAACGGCAAACCGACAUUAUGCGCAUGUGGACUGUCCUGGACACGCCGAUUACGUCAAGAAUAUGAUCACAGGUGCUGCACAAAUGGAUGGUGGUAUUCUGGUUGUCUCUGCUCCGGAUGGACCAAUGCCCCAAACCAAGGAGCAUAUAUUGCUCGCGCGCCAGGUUGGUGUCCCAUCUUUAGUGUGCUUCUUGAACAAAUGCGACGUCGUGGACGAUGAAGAGCUAUUGGAGUUGGUCGAGUUGGAACUGAGAGAAUUGCUCACUUUCUACAAGUUUCCUGGAGAUGACAUUCCAAUCGUUAGGGGAUCUGCACUGUCGGCACUCAAUGGUACAAAUGAGGCGUUGGGUAAGAAUGCCAUCCUGGAGUUGAUGGCUGCAGUUGAUCGCUACAUUCCCGAACCUGUUCGGGAUCUUGACAAGCCUUUUUUGAUGCCCAUUGAGGAUGUCUUCUCGAUCCAGGGUCGUGGAACUGUGGUAACUGGAAGGGUAGAGCAGGGUAUUGUUAAAGUUGGUGACGACGUAGAAAUCGUGGGUCUGAAGCAGGGACCGGCUUUUAAGACCACUGUCACUGGAGUAGAGAUGUUCAAGAAACAACUGGAUCAAGGCCAGGCUGGAGAUAAUGUCGGUCUGCUCAUGCGAGGUGUCAAGCGCGAAGAUGUGCAAAGAGGGCAGGUGGUGGCCAAACCAGGGUCAGUGAAGACAGCAAACAAGUUUGAGGCUGAAAUAUACGUACUGACAAAAGAGGAGGGAGGCCGCCACACCGCUUUCUUUUCGAACUACCGACCGCAAUUCUACCUUCGAACUGCAGAUAUUACUGGCAAAGUGGAGCUGCCAGAACACAUCAAGAUGGUGAUGCCUGGUGACAAUAUAACAGCAACUUUUGAGCUAAUUACGCCCGUACCCAUUGAUGCUGGGCAAAGAUUCGCCCUUAGAGAAGGAGGUAGGACAGUUGGAGCAGGAGUUGUCUCGAAAGUGUUGAGCUGAUUCCGCGAAGAAAUCUCUGGAUAUACAAAUUCUGGCCUGUCCCUUCGCUUCUUUUUGCGGUUUGUUAAAUUGAGGGAUUCGGUUCUCUUUAGUGCGCAUUUUCUUGCCCGAGGUGACGGGUCGUUGUUUUUUUCACGAAUAACAACAGGUGAAACUAAACUGCGGACAGUGUUAAGGUCGAGCAUAUAUUUGCUUGCGUUUAGAACUUACGGGUACAACAGUCCAGGUUAAAUCACAAGGUUCGUGGUUGCUCUAAAUCGGGAGUAACGCGUUAAUACGAGAUGUGUUUCGAAACCCAGUUAUCACAAGAAGCCGGUCACGAAAUAGAAGUGCAAAUUUUGCUCCACCCAGGGUACUGGCCGUUCCUUUUCAUCUGUCGAGCACACGUGUAUGAUAUUGCGCAAUUUGAAAUGGUU